UGUGUUAUUCCUAAUAACAUUUUCUACUUAGCUUUAAAAAAAAAAAAACCAGCAACACACGUGGCUAUAAUGUUUAACUUGAUGAAGUUUUUGGCUGGAUACAUCCUGAAGUUCCUUAAAGUGUGUCUGUGAGCACAUGUUUCUAGAAGGUUCAGUUAGAAGGGCCACAUGAUGAUUCUUGCUGGGCUCUUUAGGAGAGGAAGCUAUACUUGGAUGGUGCUCUCAACCUGUCUCACUGGAGAACAGCUUUCAUAUCUAAUUGUAGGUCUUUGAUUUUCUGUGAUUUGACUCCAUAUUUCAUUUAGAACAUUAAGUCAUAGAUUUAAUGCUUGUUCAGAAGGAUUUGGUACACAAUGUCUGUCUCUACAGAGAAGUACUACACAAAAUUUGGAUAACAAAUGGUGUGUAAGAUAUAGCAGGAAGAACUUGUCUUACAAGUGUCUAGUGUUGUCCUUUUAUGCUUCUGUCAGGAUCUGUGAGAGUCUGAGCACAUAGGAACUGUUCUAUGAUUUUUCUGUUUCUGUUCAUUUUUGAAGCUUCAGCUUUGCAGAAAAUGGUAUGUAAUGCUGGUAACAGCUUCCUAUAUUAAACUGCUAGCAUAUAGACUUUGUUUAGGAAUCAUUCCUCAUGGUGUCAAAAUGCAAAAUUGGCAGGCUUGAGUAGAAAAAUUAAUUCAGUUCUGUGCUGGAUGAAUAUGGGGAUAGGAUUUUCUCCAUUUUCCUUAUCUAAAAGGAAUUUGGUCCUGAUGACCUUUUGCUGUCUCUGGCAUGUUCUGUAACUCUUGGGAGCUGUCUCUGGAAAGACCCCAAGUCCUUUUGUCUUCCUGUCUGCUUAAAAUUCAGACUCCUUUAUUUGACAUUUUUAAUUGGGGCAUCCAUUGCAUUUUGUGUACAUGAAUUAACUUUUUUUUAUUUAGUGGGAAGCUCUGUUCCUGUAGAGCUAUGCUUUGGAAUAGAUGCUUUUCUUUAAAAGAGACAGUUUCUUGGAGACAGUUCUUUCAGUAUGACAUGCUACCUGAUUGAGUAAUGCCAGCCUCAGACUGCAGACAGCUUGAGAAAAUGUGUUCCAGGAUGCAGAUAUUCUUGUUUCAGUGGAUAGAUGAUAGAUAGUGAUUUUUAACUGUCUGGUGGCUACGUGUGUUAACGGAGACCUUCAGCAGCCAUGCUUACCAUGUACAAACUGCUGUCUAUGCUGCCUUGGCUGCUAGAAAAGCAGCUUCUCCCUGUUUGUACUCUAAAGUCCCAUGCUUUCUUGGGGUCUCUGUCUACUCAUGUGAUGUAGAAACCAAUGUAGAGCUCUUUUGAAAGGAAAAAGGAGUAGUGGGGGUAAGGUGCAAACCUUGCUAGGCCCACAAUGUCGUGGCCUUUUUCUGCUUUUAGGUACAGCUCGUUUUGAAUCAAUUUUAUCACUAAGACUACAGCUCUGAAGCAAAACAAUAGAAUUCACAAACUUUGAGCAAUUCAGUUCUUAAUGUGUGUACAUGUGCUCAGUUUUGAUGAUCUUUGAUUACUGUUUCAUCUUCUUCUGCUGUGUUCUGUGAGUUUUAUUACUUUUUCUGAAGUCUUAGGCUAUUUUUCACACUACAGGUGUGUGUAGAACAGCAUAUUUCUUGCUAUGUUAGAAGUAAUUAUUACUCCUUCCAGCUGUUCCUCAAAACUCUCCCUAUGCUGUCCACUGAUGCCUUUUUUCCUCAGUAACCUGCUAUAAUCUGUAAACAUGUGAUUUGUGUUCCAUUUUUGUAUUAAUCUGCAUCUGUUUCCUACAUCUUUCUGUGUACUUUUUUCUGUUUUCUCUCAUUGGAUUGUAAAUUAGUUGUUGUCAGAUCUGGUUUCUUGAGCAGGAGCCUGACUUUUCAGUUACAGACCAAGGAAUGCUUCCACUUUCCUGUUUUCUAAUCCUUACCCGAUGUAAAGGGUGAAAGUGAAACUCUUAAUUGGCUUAAAGAAACAGUUUUCUUCAAAAUGUGUUUGUAAAAACAUCCAGAUGUAUGGAUCUUGAAAGAUCUAGUAUUACUGUCUCUGGUUUUGAAGCACUGAUUUUAAUUACUUUUUUUUGAUAGAAGGGGCAAAUAUUUGAAAAUGGGAGCCUUACUGCAGUUGGCAUGCUUUAUUAUAUAAAAAUAACAUCCACAAAAGAGUGCAUAAAGUCACAUCUUACUUGAAAAUUAAUCUCAAAACCUGGCAAACAACCUUUCUUAAGUAAGAAUACCUGGUCUUACAUGAGUUGUGCUUUUACUCCUGUGCUUGCUGAACAUCUGAUAGUGGUAAAAGCAGGCUUAGGACUGUCCAGAGUACUUAGUUACUUUUAAAGAUGUCUUUUGGUGGACUUAAAGGUGGACUUUUGAUGUCGGUAAAGGACAGGUCUGCUUUUCCCUCUGGUGUGAGAGUUACCAGAGACGUGUCUUGGAGAAUAAAAUCUUGCAUUAAUGAACUUCGAAGUGUAGAACUUCAGGUUUGGUUGCUCAGAACUUCCAUUCUGUCCAUUCAGCUCCCUCUGUUGGAGUGAAUUUCCCUUUACUAACAGUAUGUCAUCUCGAUUUUUAAGUUUAAGCUUCAGAGCGUGAGAGUUUUUCACUCUGGAAAACUUUGUAGAUGUAGUGGUGUUUUAGGCACUUGCACUGAUGCAUGGGUGUGUUACAUGUUACAGGCCUUCAAUCUCACACUUCAGGAACACAAGGUUUCAAUAGACAUGAAAUAGCUGAAGCCAUGUUUUUGGCCAUAAGAGAUGUCUUUUAUUGCUGUGGUCUCUUAAUAGGUAGAGCAACAAAUAAUUAGAAAAAAACUGAAGAGAAAAAUUUUGUAAACUGAAGAUGUUUCAAAACUGCUGCCUUAAACCUUUAGGCAUGUUUGUGAAUUCUGUCUGUUGACAUGGAGUGUCAAUAUGUUACCAGUGAUGUGAAGGAAACCUUGAAAGUAUUACAUGACUAUGCAAGCCCCUUAAUCGUUAUGAGCAAAAUACUGUGUUUGGAAACAAAUACAGUAAAUAGUAGAUAAUAGAAGUUUGAAAAAUGGGAUGAUGCCUUAUUGAUUCUACAAAAGGAGCAAAAGGCUCAUGUCAUUAGCAAAAAAAUAGGGUUCUUCAAUGGCUACCUGAAGUAUGGGAUCACUGCAUAUGUCUUGGUGGAGGAGUAUUUUUUUUGCAACAUUAUUGAAACCUCUUAAGAAAAUGUGCCUUAAUUCAUAAGUAAACAACUGCUGUGAAAUCUUUUAAAGCAAAUGUAGAUUUCACAUGAAAAAGUGUACAGAUUGCUAUUAAUAUUUUGGCUGUUACUGUAGCAUCUUUUUGAUGUAUGAAUAAGUUACAACAAGGAUUGUUGUAGCAUGUUCUUAAUUAUAAUAUAUCAUCAGUUCCGUUUACUGCUAAUUAUUUUACAAGGUCAAGAGAAGAGUUUAACAUGAAUGUGGCAGGAUUACUUGCAGAGUUUUGGUACAACCAAAUGUAGGUGAACCUAGUAGGGAAACUUGCCCUCAAAUUGCUUUUGGCAGAUCUCAUUAGUGUCUAAGGCAGGAGGCUAACCCAACUGAAAAGGGCCUUUCAAGGUUGACUAAUAUGUAACUAAAUUACAUUUUUGAGAGGUGGGGAUAGCUGAUACCAGUAAUUAAAUUUCCUUAUGUUAAGACCGUUUAAAUUAUUUUUAUACUUAUUGUAAGAAGCUUAUUUAUGGGGUUUCUACUGUGCUCAUGUCAGUACUUUGAGUACUUGAUUGUGACAAUAAUUGACAACUCUGUGGUGACUUAUUUUUCAUGUUUUGGUACCUCAGUCAAGGCAUUAGCAUUAAAAAAAAUACUCAAAGUUUUAAUUUGUCUUCAGAUGCCUAACUGAAUUUGAAAUUAGGCUAAUGUAACAAUUGGAACUAAAAAACCCCCAAAAAACAAAACAACCCCCAAAACUGUUCAUUCAGUUUACUAUGGGGAAGAAAAAAUAUGUUUCAAAAUAUUUCAUUCUAUCUUAACUGAGGGUGAGUUGAAUGCUUGAAACAAAGAACUUCUGCAAACUUGAAUGCUCAAUUUCUGGUUCUGAAAAUGUGAUGAUCCUGUGGUUGAAUACUAUUACAACUAUGUACAUUGCACAGUACAAGGCAAAGUGAAUUACCAGAUCCUGUGUUCCACUUCUGUGUGCUGCUUCCAUUGUAUUUAAAACAAGGAAGUCUAUAAAGUAAUAUGGAACAGGACAUAUGGGCAGUUGUGAAAGUCAGACUGAGGCUUGUUGUACUGGUUCCAUUGCUGUUUGCUUUGUUGUAACUGGUUAUUUUGAAAUGAGAAUGGGGAAACUGGAAUGAGGAGGCAGAGACCACUAGAUGGCUCCACGAUUUUUGCUGUACUGUGGGUAAUUUCUGCAUCAUGUGUAAGAAUCUGCCCAGGAUUACCAGGGGAACAAUGUAGAGGUGAAGUUGGGUUUCAGACUAAAAUGGGGUUAAAGCUAUACACAUUCAAAAGAGUAAAUUGGCACUGGAGUGCAGAUACUCAAAAUCAUGAAGACAUUUAAAAAACCCUUUUUGUAUGUUGGUCUCUUCUACACAUAGCAUUGUUUUAAAAUUAUGUUCUUAACACUUAAUAACUUCCUGUACUUGAUUUUUGCAUGCUAGGAGAGUAGUAGAGGGGUUUUUUAAGUACAUGAGCUUAUUUUCUUGGAUGAUAGUGUAAAGAUGGGGACACUUGGUUUGUAUUUAUCCAUGUGGAAGUCAUUUGAUCACUUUGGCUCGUCACUCACCUGUGGUCUUAGUUGCUGUUACUUGAAGAGUACAGUUGGAAUACAGAGCAGGGCUAGUAUGGCGGCCUUGCUAAAGACAACUAGUGUAACGUUACCAUUUUCAUCUGACUUUUGACGUGUCCUUUCCCACCAGUAACUAAACCAGUCAUUCUAUUUGUUUAUAAUUGUGUGUUUGCUGUUGCACUGUAUGUCUUCCAUGAGCUGGGAAACUGGGUUAAGGUGGUGUUCAGUCACUGUCUUUAUAUAGGAAACCAGUUUUCAUGUCUGUUACCUUGGUUUUGAUGCAUCUAUGUCUUUGAAGAAAGGAGCAUGGACAGUAGUUAAAAAAUUUGGCUUAUUAUAAUGAACAUGGUUUUCCACUAAGCAGCGUCAGCUUUAGUAGGUGGGUUAGUCCAAUAAAGAUGGUUGCCAGAGCAAAUAUCUCUGAUUUCCCACUAUUGAUUUCUCUAGUGUUUUAACGCUAUGCAGAAAUUUCAAAAGGAAUUUAUGGAGCCUGAAAGGGUUCUUGAACUUCUAAUACUUCCUCCCCUACUUAUUCAUAGUUUUGGUUAAAAUUUAUAAUUUUUGACUCUUGAACUGAUGAUUUGACAUUGUCCAUGGUAAAAGUAGGUGUUCUGGAAUGUGUAAUAUAGAAUGCAGCAUCAGUUAUAUGUUUAAACUAUCUUCAGGGUGCAGUACUUGAAUGUCUUAGUUUAAAGAUAUGAUCUGUAUUCCAACAGCAUUUUUCUUUUAAUUUUCCAUAAAGAAUCCAAUCACAUGAAGAGUGUCAAAAGGAGUCUACGAAUGGGACACCAAGAUGGCAGUUCCACUGUUGAUUGAGAGGUUGAGGAAAUGGACUAAUGCAUGAGUGCUGUGAUAUGUCUGUCCAAGAAAACGAUGUUAAAACAUGGACUCUCGUGUUAUUAAACCAGAGAAGAUCUGGGUUGUGAUCAUCCUAUCAGAAUGGACUUUGCACUUGAAUUAAGCAGGGGACGGUAUCAGUGGCUAUCCAAUGAUGGAUCUGUUUGAGGACUGGGUGGCAAAAUUUUACUUCGGGGUUGUAUGUGCAUAACAGGCAAAUUCAUUUGGUAAGAGAUCUGUUGCUACCCCUUUGGAGAAAAUGUAAUGUUUUUUCAAGUGACUUAAUAAAAGGUUUUGGUUUCUUUCACACUUUGUGUUUGUCCUUUCUGGCUGGUAUUUUUUUUUUUGUUUUUUUUUUUUUUUUUUUUAUUGUGUUGAUGCUGAAGUGGGUUAUGUUUUUUGGUUGCUGUUAAAGUGAGAAAUACUUUAGCUGCUAAGCACUAAAAGGCAAGGUAAAAUUUUGCGCUAUACUUGAUUUAAAAUGUGGUUUUCGUUUGCAAAUUAUGUUCACUUUGCCAUGACUUCCAAUGAAUUUUUAUUCGCUGGUUGGUUCACUCAGGUGCUUAAUGUUAGGGGUUUUUCAGUACUUGGCCUAUUGUGAGGGUACUUCUGCUGAACUUUCUGAAGUUAUUUUAAGAUGGAAUUGAUACUGAUUGAAGGCUGAGCAAAUACGACAAUAAAGGAGUGCCUGAGUAUUUUGUGUAACUUUUUUAGGUAUGCUUGUUUGGAUGUAUAUGGGUACAGAAACUUUUCAACAGAUUUCCUGGACAGCAUACUUCCUAAAUGGUGUAUUCGGUCUUAAAAUUGUUCCGUACAAGUGUCCAGUCGGCUUCACUGCUAUUUAAUGUAGACUUAGAUGCGUGAUCCUGUACCAUGUAUUUGAAAAGAAAAAAUUGAGUUGUUACGGGUACUGCUACAGAUGACAUGUUAACCUUUACAAAUGAAUUUUAAAAUGGUUCUAAUGUUCAAAAAUCAAUUUCCUUUCAAGUUUCUUGGGGAUCAGGUAGUUAAACUGUAGCCAUCUUCCUAUGUAUGUUUCACCUGAAAUUUUUGGCUGUCUUUGUUUUAUGCUGGAGGGGCAAGAUGACAAAGGUGGUACUGAUCUAACUUAGCUGUUUUCUCCUAAAAACAAACAAAACCCCAUUGUGUGUAUUUAACCAUGUGGCUUGCCCAGUCUUUGUAAAUAUCCAUUUUUACCAUGAUGGAUUGUUCAUACCCGUUUAAUCCAGCCAUUUUGAUGAUGCAUGCUUGCUGAAGUUUGGUUUUGCCAUGUUAUAUGGUGGAGUUGGGUACUGGGACCAACCUGAAGGGAUCCCCGUUCAGAUGAGUGGAUUUCCUUAGGAUUACCCUGGAUUGCUUGGAAUGGUCUUGCAUUGUGUUCAGGUGCAAGGGGUUGUCUGUAAAUAAUCAGGAAAAUGACAUUCUUUAAAAUGGGCUGUGGCAACAGAGCGUUCCUACCCAAAUCCAUUGAUGUGGGAGGAUGAUAGGUUGUUGGAGGAUGUGCAUGGCAAGUGUGUGGAGGAAUUUGAAGGGGACUAUCUUGGACCUACUGGUAGAAGCCAGUGUUGUCAGGCUGUUGGGAUGCUGUGCCAUGGGUGUUCAUAGAAACCCAAACUAGCCUGGUACCCCUUUCCCCCCGCAGUGGUCCCCCAAUGUCCGAUUUCACUGUCUUGUUGUGUUGCUUACGAAUACGCAAGAUGUCCUUGCGCUUCAAGGUGUCUGUUGCUUGUGGGAAGACAACGGGUAGUCAGAAUACUAGGCUAGGGGAUCCUUGGGUCUCCUCCGUUUCCUCUCUGAUGCAUCGUCUCCACACUAGGAUAUUGUAUUUGAGAUACUGCUUGAUUUCCAGUUCUACAGCUCGGCUAUUGUACGGCUUUAAAAUUAAUUUGUUGUGUUAAAAUCUCUUAAUGCCCAUUAAUGGGUUAAGAAAGUGAAGUAGAAAUAACCCUUUUAAUAGAGUCAGCCUUGUUUUGCAGUAGUGCCUUCACAUAACUGAUGGAAAUUGUGUAGCUGUUGGAUUUUUGUUGUUGGGGAGAACCAGCAGGGAGGCGCUGUUGAGCUGGCGGGUGUUACCAGUGAUGCAGGGCUUGCUUAGGAGCGGGUGACGCUUCUGUCCCAAGCUUUAAGCGCAAGUGUUGGGUGACGAAUGGAAGAGCUAUUGUCUGGGGAUACUGCCACUGAACUGAAAAAAAGCUACCCCUUGGGUGGGGUGACCCCCAAGGUGGGUUGCUGCUGGCUGCAUGGCUGGCAGCUCCACUUCCAUUCUUUCAAAAUGGCUUGUAACAGCACCACUUCCUGUCCAGGGAGGAAGUAAUUUUAGCCCAGGCACUGGAAUAUUUAGCAAAUCUUUAAAACAAAAGGCACAAAUUCCAUUUCUUUCUGGUUUCAAAAGGGUGCCUGAGCCACAUGGGGUUAAGGUGCCCCUUCAGCUGGGGUAGUUGGAAGAAGUCAGGGCUGUGGGGGUAGCAGGCACCCUUUAGGUGGAGGCUAUCUCUUUUUUUGGUAGAAAUGAAGGGGUGGGUCUAUGGUACAUCACCUGAGUUGUGGGGUAAAUGUAGAGAGUGUCAAUCAAAGGCAGAGCUCAGAGCUGGGAAGGAGCUCUAGAUGGCGGCUGUGCCUUAGAGAGAGCGCGCUCAGCUCCGUGCCUUCCCCAACACUUUACGCAACUUUCCCUAACUUUCGGGCAGCCUCAGGGGGCCCCCACAGCCCCUUGCCUCUCCUAGGCACUAAUCGGGGGCCGAGCGGACCUUUUUCGGGCAGAAAAGCAGCUUUUGAGGGCUCCCUUUUCGUGCCUUGCUGGAAAGAAGAAGCCGUGGAGAGAGCCCAGGUCGUUGUUUUUCCAGCUUAGAAGCCAUGGCGUACCUCCAUUUUUGUGCGCUCUCCUAAUGAGCUUUUUCCCCCGGACAUUUUUGUACUAAUUACCGCUUCUUUUGCUUUAUCAGCAGCAUAUUUUUGGGAUUAGAAUAUAUAUUUUUUUUCAUUCUCUGAAAUUCGUAUUUUAUCGUUAUAACUCUAAAUAUUUUGGAUCUAAUGUUUUUCCACUACCCGAAACUAAUAUCGACUUGGUCCUGGUGGCGGUGCAUGGAUCAGUAAAUACCUGGGCACAGGACUUCAAAGCAAACAGACACCCCUGACCCCCUCUUAAUAUUUAAGAAUAAAAAGAUGAUGAGAAAUAAGGACAAAAGCCAAGGAGAGGAGGGUUCAGUCCACAGCAAUGCAUCGAGUCACUCGGCAUCCGAAGAAGCCUCUGGCUCUGACUCCGCAAGCCAGUCUGAAAGUGAGCAGGGCAGCGAGCAGGGCAGCGAGUCAAACAGCAGCUCGGAGUCCUCUGAAAGUCAGUCUGAAUCAGAAAGUGAAUCAACGGGUUCAAAAUCUCAGCAGACCCCUCCUGAAACCAAAGAAAAACCAGCCUCUAAGAAGGAAAGGAUAGCAGAUGUUAAAAAGAUGUGGGAAGAAUAUCCUGAUGUUUAUGGGGUUAGGAGGUCAAACCGAAGCAGACAAGAACCGUCACGAUUUAAUAUAAAAGAUGAGGCAAGUAGCGAAUCUGAAAAUGACAGCCCAAAAAGAAGAGGCCAGAAGCAAAUGAAAAAACCAAGUAAAUGGAAAAGAGAUGUUUCUGGUGAAGAGGAGGAUGAAGAUGGAGGGGAGCAAGGCACCAGUGGAGAGAGUGAGCCUGAACCGAAGAAAGUUAAAGCAAGAAGACCUGCUCAAAGGAGAACAGUGGCCAAAACCAAUGUUAAAAAGCCUCACAAACCCCUGCGUGGGAAGAAGAGAAAGAGGCCAGACUCAUCUGAAGAUGACGAUGAUGACGAAGAUGAUGAGACUCCCAAGAGACAAACUCGCCGAAGAGCAGCCAAAAAUGUCAGUUACAAAGAAGAUGAUGAUUUUGAGACGGAUUCUGAUGACCUGAUAGAGAUGACUGGGGAAGGAGCUGAUGAACAGCAAGACAACAGUGAAACUAUUGAGAAAGUCUUAGACAUCAGGCUUGGAAAAAAAGGAGCCACUGGUGCUUCCACUACAGUGUAUGCAACUGAAGCCAACGGCAACCCGAGCGCUGACUUUGAUCCUGAAAAGGAUGAGGGAGAAGUUCAGUACCUGAUCAAAUGGAAAGGCUGGUCAUACAUCCAUAGCACAUGGGAGAGUGAAGAGUCCCUGCAGCAGCAGAAAGUGAAGGGCCUGAAAAAGCUGGAAAACUUCAAGAAAAAAGAGGAGGAGAUCAAGCAAUGGCUGGGCAAGGUAUCACCUGAAGAUGUAGAAUAUUUCAACUGCCAACAAGAGCUAGCUUCAGAGCUCAACAAACAAUAUCAAAUUGUGGAGAGAGUAAUUGCUGUGAAGACCAGCAAGUCUGCCACGGGACAUUCGGAUUUCCCAGCAAACAGUCGCAAAACAUCCUCAAAUGACCCGGAAUACCUCUGUAAGUGGAUGGGGCUGCCCUAUGCCGAGUGCAGCUGGGAAGAUGAGGCUCUGAUAAGCAAGAAAUUUCAGCACUGCAUUGACAGCUUCAACAACCGCAACAACUCCAAAACCAUUCCCACCCGGGAUUGCAAGGUAUUGAAGCAGAGACCAAGGUUUGUUGCCUUGAAGAAACAGCCUCCUUACAUUGGUGGGGAGAACCUGGAGCUGCGAGAUUACCAGCUGGAGGGCCUCAACUGGCUCGCUCACUCGUGGUGCAAGAACAACAGCGUGAUCCUGGCUGAUGAAAUGGGACUGGGCAAGACGAUUCAGACAAUAUCAUUCCUGUCGUACCUCUUCCAUCAGCACCAGCUCUAUGGCCCGUUCCUGGUGGUGGUGCCCUUGUCCACUCUCACCUCGUGGCAGAGGGAGUUUGAAGUGUGGGCACCUGAGAUAAAUGUGGUGGUUUACAUCGGAGACCUCAUGAGCAGGAACAUGAUACGUGAAUAUGAGUGGAUCCACUCUCAGUCUAAAAGGUUGAAAUUCAAUGCACUUAUUACAACGUAUGAGAUUCUCCUGAAGGAUAAGGCUGUUUUGGGAAGUAUUAACUGGGCCUUUCUAGGCGUGGAUGAAGCCCAUCGGUUGAAAAAUGAUGACUCUUUGCUGUAUAAAACAUUGAUUGAUUUCAAGUCCAACCACAGGCUGCUGAUUACCGGUACCCCACUUCAAAAUUCACUCAAAGAGCUCUGGUCCCUGCUGCAUUUCAUCAUGCCAGAGAAGUUUGAGUUCUGGGAGGAUUUUGAAGAGGACCACGGGAAAGGUAGAGAGAAUGGCUACCAGAGCCUUCACAAGGUCCUGGAACCAUUUCUCCUACGCAGAGUGAAGAAGGAUGUGGAGAAAUCUUUGCCAGCCAAAGUGGAGCAGAUCCUCCGGGUGGAAAUGUCUGCUUUGCAGAAGCAGUAUUACAAGUGGAUUUUGACACGAAACUACAAAGCUCUUUCAAAGGGAACGAGAGGGAGCACAUCUGGUUUCCUGAACAUUGUGAUGGAAUUGAAAAAGUGCUGCAACCAUUGCUACCUUAUUAAACCUCCUGAGGAAAACGAGAGAGAGAAUGGCCUUGAGACCCUGCAGUCUCUGAUCAGGAGCAGUGGAAAGCUAAUUCUUUUGGACAAGCUGCUGACCAGGCUGCGGGAGAGAGGCAACAGAGUGCUGAUCUUCUCCCAGAUGGUGAGGAUGCUGGACAUCUUGGCAGAGUACCUGACUAUCAAACACUACCCUUUUCAGCGCUUGGACGGCUCGAUCAAAGGGGAGAUCCGAAAGCAGGCUCUGGACCACUUCAACGCUGACGGCUCUGAGGACUUCUGUUUCUUGUUGUCAACGCGAGCUGGAGGGCUGGGAAUUAAUCUGGCCUCUGCUGAUACUGUUGUUAUCUUUGACUCGGACUGGAACCCCCAAAAUGAUCUUCAGGCUCAGGCUCGGGCUCACCGGAUUGGACAAAAGAAGCAGGUUAAUAUUUACCGCCUGGUCACAAAGGGUACAGUAGAGGAGGAAAUCAUUGAGAGGGCCAAGAAGAAAAUGGUGCUGGAUCACUUGGUGAUCCAGCGUAUGGACACCACUGGCCGGACUGUUCUGGACAACAACUCUGGACGAUCAAACUCCAAUCCUUUCAACAAAGAGGAGCUGACAGCUAUUCUGAAGUUUGGAGCUGAAGAUCUCUUCAAGGAGCUUGAAGGGGAAGAGUCAGAGCCUCAGGAGAUGGACAUUGAUGAGAUUUUACGUCUGGCUGAAACACGAGAGAAUGAGGUGUCCACCAGUGCUACUGACGAGCUUCUUUCUCAGUUUAAGGUGGCCAACUUUGCAACCAUGGAGGAGGAAGAGACAGAGUUGGACGAGCGGUCGCAGAAGGACUGGGAUGAUAUCAUUCCAGAGGAGCAGAGGAAAAAGGUGGAGGAGGAAGAAAGGCAGAAAGAAUUGGAGGAAAUCUACAUGCUGCCUCGAAUCCGGAGCUCGACUAAAAAGGCUCAGACGAAUGACAGUGAAUCAGAUGCAGAAACUAAGAGAAGGCUUCAGAGGUCAUCUGCAUCAGAAAGUGAGACGGACGAUACUGAUGAUGAGAAGAGACCAAAGCGCAGGGGGCGUCCUCGGAGUGUUAGAAAAGAUACUGUGGAAGGAUUUACUGAUGCUGAGAUCAGGAGGUUUAUCAAGGCUUACAAGAAGUUUGGACUGCCUCUUGAACGGCUGGAGUGUAUUGCCCGGGAUGCUGAGCUGGUGGAUAAGUCUGUGGCUGAUCUGAAACGGUUAGGAGAGCUCAUCCACAAUAGCUGUGUGUCAGCAAUGCAAGAAUAUGAGGAGCAGCUGAAAGAAAACCCCAGUGAAGGGAAAGGACCUGGUAAAAGAAGAGGUCCUACUAUCAAGAUUUCUGGUGUCCAAGUCAAUGUGAAAUCCAUCAUCCAGCAUGAAGAGGAGUUUGAAAUGCUGCAUAAAUCCAUUCCCACAGACCCAGAGGAAAGGAAGAAGUACCGCCUGACCUGCCGUGUCAAAGCUGCCCAUUUUGAUGUAGACUGGGGAGUGGAGGAGGAUUCACGCUUGUUAGUGGGAAUUUAUGAGCAUGGCUAUGGAAACUGGGAGCUAAUUAAAACAGAUCCGGAAUUGAAGUUAUCUGAUAAGAUCCUGCCUGUUGAGACAGAUAAGAAACCUCAGGGAAAACAGCUCCAGACCCGAGUUGAUUAUCUACUGAAACUGCUGAAGAAAGAUCUGGACAAGAAAGAAAACAUGAAAGAUGGGGAAGAGGGCAAGCUAAAGAAGAGGAAACCACGAGUAAAGAAAGAGAACAAGGCUCCCAAAGUCAAAGAUGAGCAUGGGAAUGAACUCUCCUCUCCUCGGCACUCAGACAACCAGUCAGAAGAGGGUGAGGUCAAGGAGGAUGGCUUGGAAAAGAGCCCAGUGAAAAAGAAACAGAAGAAGAAAGAGAACAAAGAGAACAAGGAAAAACAGACUACCACUAAGAAGGAAAAGGAAAGCGAUAAAGAAAAAAAGAAAACAAAAGACAAGAAAGAAAAGCUUAAAGGUGGUGACGCUAAAUCUGGAAGUAAAGGGAAGAGAUCGCAAGGUCCUGUCCACAUUACCGCUGGGAGUGAACCGAUCCCCAUUGGAGAAGAUGAGGAUGAUGAUCUGGACCAAGAAACAUUCAGCAUAUGCAAGGAAAGGAUGAGACCAGUCAAAAAAGCACUGAAGCAACUCGAUAAGCCUGAUAAGGGACUGACAGUUCAAGAACAGCUGGAGCACACACGCAACUGCCUCCUAAAAAUUGGAGACCGCAUCUCUGAGUGCCUUAAAGCCUACACUGACCAGGAUCAUAUCAAGCUAUGGAGAAGGAACCUAUGGAUAUUUGUGUCAAAAUUCACAGAAUUUGAUGCCAGAAAACUGCACAAACUCUACAAGAUGGCUCAUAAGAAAAGAUCGCAGGAAGAGGAGGAGCAGAAGAAGAAGGAGGACAUGUCCAGCAUGAAGAAGCCAUUCCGCCCAGAGCCUUCAGGCUCCAGCCGCGAUUCUGUGAUGUCCCAGUCUCACGUGCCUCACAAUCCUCAUUCCCAGAAGAUCCACCUGCCCCCUUCCCAUGCCCAGCAGCAGAUGCACGGGCACCCACGUGACAACUAUGGCCAUCCAAACAAGAGACAUUUCAGCAAUACAGACCGAGGAGAAUGGCAGAGGGAUCGAAAGUUCAGCUACGGUGGCAACAGCAACCAGAUGUGGGGUGGGGAGCGGCAUCACCAGUAUGAGCAGCACUGGUACAAGGACCACCACUAUGGGGAUCGGCGAUCUCGUGGAGAACCCCACCGGAGCUCUGGGAACUACAGACCAAAUAACCUCUCCCGCAAGAGGCCAUACGAACAGUACAACAGUGACCGAGACCACAGAGGCCAUAGAGAUUAUUACGACAGACACCAUCACGAUUCUAAGCGUCGACGAUCCGAUGAGUUCAGGCCUCAGAACUACCACCAGCAGGAUUUCCGACGGAUGUCAGAUCACAGGCCACCCAUGGGAUACCAUGGCCAGGGACCUUCGGACCACUACCGGUCCUUCCACACAGACAAAUCGGGAGAUUACAAACAGCCUCUCCCUCCACCUCACCCUGCAGUAUCGGACCCUCGCUCACCCCCCUCUCAGAAAUCCCCUCACGAUUCCAAGUCACCUCUCGAUCACAGGUCACCUUUGGAUAGGUCAUUAGAACAGAAAAACAAUCCAGAUUAUAACUGGAACAUUCGGAAGACAUAAGGUGACUGAGAGGGGGGGAAGCGCACGUCUGAAAUACUUGGUUUGAUGCAACAGAAACUUUGAACAAGCUGCUAUCAUCUUGCUGGGUCAAGGAGGAUUUUGGGGGAUUAUAAAUGGAGGAAGAUUUUUCACUAGUUCUUUGUUCUAAUUUGGAUUCCCGUUUCCUUUUCCCUCUUCUACCAUUGAACAUUGGAACCAAC